UUCUAACUACUACAUUUGCGGUGUAUGGUGUCCUAAGUUUUUGACUCUUAAAACGCCUUCUUGAACCAAUCCUAACAUACGUCUUCAACUGUGAUUGGUUGUUGGACAUUCCACCCGGUGCAUUUGGCGACAUUACACCUUCUUCAUUGUUGCACAUCCACCCGCUUCCUCGUUCGACAUUCCACCAAGUAAAUGGAGUCUUUGAAACGACUUCCCGUUGCUCCUCUGUCAACCGUUCGUUGUUGAGAGUGCAAACAUACAUAGUUGAAAAUGAAUGACGAACGGUCAACUGCCCAAAGAAAAUAACUCAAAUGAAAACAACAAAACAAAUUACAAAAACCCAUAACGUGUGGAAGAAACGACAACAACCCCAAUACCCAAACCUAAAACCCAAUACCAAAACCUACAAUGGGAGAAGACAUUUACCUUGGUCCAACGAAGGUCCAUUCCGGUACUUCUCAUUUUAGCAAAACAAUGGAAAACAGAAGAUGCAAGAAGAAGGCAAUGGAGAAGACGAAAACGCCGAAGAGGACGAAGGGAAAGGAGGAAAUAUGAGAGAGAAAGUUUUCUGACACAAAAAACCAAAAUUUAAAAAAAAAACAAAAAAAAACGAUCCAAUUAGAACUUGACACCUGUCACUAUCAAAUAUUUGUCAAAAAUUAGGUGAAAAAAUAACAUUACCCUAUGUAAAAAGUUACUUUGACACGGUAUAAAAAAGAAACAUUUAAUAUAAUAAUAUAAUUAUGAUUUUAAAUUUAAAAAAUAAUAUAAUUAUAAUUAAAAUAUUAAUAUUUCGCUAACAAACUGCAUGUUCCUUACUCCAGCUUCCCAGCAAUUCCAGCCAAACUGUGAUGAUAAGUCUUCGCCACUUCACUCACUUCUAUUCUCACCCUACAAUGGCUAUCACCACCUCCAUAACACUCUUUUUCCUCCUUCUACACUUCUCCACACGCCUCCAAGCCUACACCUCAAAGGAAGUUUUCACCAUCAAUUGCGGCACCACCGGGAACUCCUCCGAUGGUCAAAGAACCUGGACCGGUGACACAGACACAGAGUACUUAUCUUCCCAAGAUACUACCGUUUCAGACAAGGCGUCAACACAGUCUCCUUCAACCAAUCAAGUCCCCUUCUCCACUGCACGCUUGUCCCGUUCCCAAUUCAAUUACUCCUUCCCUGUCUCCCCAGGCACCAAAUUCCUUCGCCUCUUCUUCUACCCUGCUGACUACCCUUCCUUUCCCCGUGCCAACGCAUCCUUCUCCGUUCAAUCCAACCAAUUUUCUCUCCUCAACGAUUUCAACGCCUCUCUUAACGCCGACGCUCAAGCCACGGUCACUAUUUUCAAAGAAUACGUGGUCAACAUCAACGACGGUGAGAGGCUUAUCCUCACCUUCACUCCCUCGCAUCCAAACUCUUACGCUUUCAUCAAUGGAAUCGAGGUACUUUCCAUGCCAACCGAUUUAUAUUACACAACAAAUGAUACAGGCUUCACGACCAUCGGAACUACCACCCUGUACAGUCUUGGAACCAGCUUUGCUCUUCAGACUGAGUAUAGAAUCAAAGCCGGAGGACAAGAAAUCUCGCCAUAUAACGACAGCGGUUUGUUCAGGGAUUGGACGGCCGAAGAACCUUACUUUAUCAAACACAAUCCAAAGAAUGAUGAUCUAUCAGCUGACGUGGAUGGGAAAAUGGACAUAACCGUGAAUCCCGAUUACUUGGCACCAAAGGAACUGUUCAGAACAGCGCGUAACAUGGGCACAAACGCCACUCUGAACAAAAUGAGCAACCUCACUUGGGAGUUCCCCGUUGAUUAUGGCUUCACUUACGUUCUCAGGCUCCACUUUUGCGAGCUUGAUCCCAAUAUUAAUGACAUCGGUGACAGAAAAUUUCAUAUUUACAUAGCGAGUCAGGUGGCUGAACAAGGUUCAGAUGUAAUGAAAUGGAGUCAGCAACAAAAGGGCCUAGCUGUGCAUAGAAACUACGCCGUUUUUAUUCCUGAGAAUGGUGCUCAGAAAAAGGUUAAUCUCUCGCUUCAAAUGCACCCUUAUGAAAGCGCUGUGGAUACGAAAUACAGUGACGCCUUCCUGAACGGUCUCGAGAUCUUCAAAAUCAGCCAAGCUGGCUCAAACAACCUAGCCGGACCCAACCCUGACGCGAUUCCGACUCCACAUAACAGGAUUUCCGGCCAAAACGUAAAAACUCGCAGCGGAAGUGGAACGACAAUAAUUGAUGUCGUCGUAGGAGUGGGAAUCGGUGUCGUUUUCAUCUCUCUUGUCAUUUUGUUAGUAGUUGUCUUGCAACGCAAGAGAACCACUAAAACAAAUUUCAAGGAUUACAAAUCCAAGUCGUUCAGGGCCACACAGAAAGCAUCCCUGCCGUCAAAUAUCUGCCGCAACUUCUCCCUCGUAGAGAUUGAGGCCGCUACCAGGAACUUCGACGAAGUCCUCAUCAUCGGCGCAGGAGGAUUCGGUCACGUGUACAAGGGUUACAUCGACGGCGGUUCCACCCCCGUUGCCAUCAAGCGCCUGAAACAGGAAUCACAGCAGGGUGCGCAUGAGUUCUUGAACGAGAUUGAGAUGCUCUCACAGCUUCGCCACCUUCAUCUCGUGUCCCUCAUCGGAUACUGUAACGACAACAACGAGAUGAUCCUGGUCUACGACUUCAUGGCGCGUGGCACCCUACGCGAUCAUCUCUACAAGACGGAUAACCCCCCUCUCUCAUGGAAGCAGCGCCUGCAUAUCUGUAUCGGCGCCGCGCAUGGGCUGCAUUAUCUCCACACAGGCAGGAAGCACACGAUCAUCCACCGCGACGUAAAAACUACGAACAUCUUGUUAGAUGAUAAGUGGGUGGCAAAGGUUUCGGACUUUGGACUUUCCAGAAUUGGACCAACAGACACGGAGAAGUCCCACGUGAGUACCCAUGUGAAGGGAAGCUUUGGCUAUAUAGAUCCUGAGUAUUACAAACGAUUUCGUUUAACGGAAAAGUCUGAUGUGUACUCUUUCGGAGUUGUGCUAUUUGAGAUACUGUGUGGUCGUCCAGCACUGGUUCACAGUGCAGAGACGCAACAGGUGUCUCUUUCUAAUUGGGUGAGACAUUGUCACCGGAAUGGAACCAUAACAGAGAUUGUGGAUCUCGUGUUGAAGAAGGAGAUUGCACCUGAGUGCCUGAAGAAGUUUUGUGAGAUUGGGAUAAGUUGUUUGUUGGAAGAUGGGACGAAGAGGCCGUGCAUGAAGGAUGUGGUUGCGAUGCUUGAGUUUACGCUCCGACUACAAGAAAGUGCAGAGCAACGCGAAAUUGAAAAAGGAGAGGAAAUUAGUGAAGAUAGCUUUUCUACUACUGACUUGGAUGUGACUGCUACGACUUCCACUAGUGAAGACAACAGUUACAGGAAUAAUACGGUGUUGUCUUGGACUCCUUUCUCAGAAAUUAUGGAUCCACAACCGCGUUGACCCAAUCCAAUUAACGCAGACCUCUCCAACGGGAUGAUGCAAACCAAAAGAUAGUGGACCUACGUACUAUAAUUAGACUUUGGGAUUUCUGUAUCUGCUUUCAU